AUGCCUCCACAAGCGAUUGUCAUGGAUCUCACUGAGAUAUACUUCGAGGUCGUAUAUCCGGUUUUCCCUUACUUCCACCGCCCUACAUUGUUACGAAGAGUCUCGCGUGGAGAGUACGCCACAAGUCGACCUCUUUUUGCUUCAGUUCUGGCAAUGUGUGCUCUUUCAUCGGCUCGUGUCCGUGACGGUGCUUUAUAUACAGGCAAAUGGGACGCAGCAUCGUUGCAGAGUCCAUCCUCUGAAGAGCUAUUCCGAGCUGCUAAAGAAGCUAUUCCUCACGAUGCCCCAUUAUCGCAAGAUUUUGACUACAUGCGAGCUUAUGCUCUACUUGCCAUCGCUUCUAUACAGUAUGGAGAUACUCCCCGGAUGAACUACUAUAUCGGUCUUUACCAGAGCUUUAUCGCUGUAGGCAUGCUGCAGAAUGAAAGCAAUUGGCCUUCCGGUAUCGGUCAUGUUGAAGUCGAAGAACGAAGAAGGCUCUUCUGGUCUAUGUACACUCUGGAUGUCUUCUCUUCCAUCAUUUGGGGUGGCUUCGCCCGAAGCAGAGAAGCUUGUUUCAAUGUCUGCUACCCGGCCGAGUGCGACGACGAAUAUUUCAGCGACGCGAAUCCCAUAAAUACAGGCAACAUGCACAAUGCUCCUAGUUGGGUGAAAGGAUGGAACUUUGUCACGGAUCUCUACCGGAUACUCGAGCACGCAGUCGACCGGCUCGGCCAUCUUCGAAAUCCAGUACAGCGCACACCCUCUGUCCUGGGCUAUAUUGACCAAGGCAGCCCCCGGCAGACAUCCGUCCUUACCAAAAUCAUGAACCUCUACGAACAACUGCCGCCUGUUUUCAAAACAACACAACCCUUGACGGGUAGGCUCGAGAGAGAUCUCUUUGGAUUCCAAGCCGCAAACAUCGCUGCCUCGUUGCAGCUAGUCCGCAUGGUCCUGUUCACCACUGAGAACUCUACUGUAGAUCAAAAGUGUCAGAUCGCGAGCGAAGUCAUCAACGGGUUUGCCAGUGUUCCUGUUGCCUACCUUCGCGCGAUCAGCUCCCCUCUCCUUCACCACCUAGCGGGUAUUGGAAGUAUCAUGGGCUCAGCCUUCGAGAACGGUCUCACUGAAUCUUCGUAUCGACGUGUGCGGUCAGUGCUUCUGGAUCUUGCAAACCUGCUUGCCAAUCUGGAAGUCGAUCUGUAUUGUCCCGCAGGGACGAGCGACAAGUUGCGAGCUCAAGUUUCUAGGAUUGACGAAUUUAUGAAGAUACAACGGUCGGUGGAUGCGAAUAGUGCUGUUGCGGGAUUGACGCCUUGGACGCAUCAAGCCAGUCAUGAAUUGACAUCUCCCGGUCUGCACACGCAGCAGCGACUCGCCAUCUCUGAAGACUCGCCACAGAUACACUUUCCAGCAGAGCUAUUCGAAAACUGGUCUUGGGCGUUUGAUUUCAACUGA